AUGCCCAGUCGGGAUCUCACCGUGGUCCGAAUCCCACUCAAAAGAGCCAAGCAUCAUUUCGGAGUUGCCUCGUUGAGAGGCCAACGCUCGUACAACGAGGACACAAAUCAGGCUGGCACCAUCAGCAUGCCAGCUUUUGCCAAGCGGGCUCCCAUCAGUCUUCAGAGAAGGCCGAUUCAGAAACCCAACGAGGCAACAUCCGCCGACAGCGCACUCGGCGACCCUCAGGUUUUCUACUUUGGCAUCUUUGACGGCCAUGGCGGGACCCAGUGUGCCGAGUUCCUGCGGGACGAAUUGCAUGGUUACAUCGAGCAAGCCUCUGCAGACUUUGGGCUUCAGAGCAGCCUGAAGACGGGCCAACAAGAGACUGGUCGCAAAGACGAGGAUCUUGGAAGAUCCGAAGAGCUCUUCAUGAAAACUAAAGAGGAUGUCAAGGAUGAGAUACUGGUGCCCAAGCAAGACAAACAUGGCGUUUUGAAAAACCCCGAGAGAAAGGAGCCUCUCAAAGGAGUCGAUCCAGUCUCGGCGAGGGUAGAUGACAUCCCCAAGGCUGUCAAGCUGACGAGAGACCUGGUGGAUGAGUACCGGCAGACCGUUGGUGGGUACUUUAGGCGUUUCAAUCCCGAGUACUUCAAGCUCUUGGAAGACAAAGAGGGCAACAAUGACGAGCCUCGAGUCACGGUGGAGUCGGUUCUCAUGUACGCCUUUCUGAGAGCAGACUUGGACUUCGUUUCCGCCCAGGCUCGCAAGCCCGACCCCGACGACCCGCACGCGGGCGACCGUCCUGUAAACAGCGACGAAAUCCUCGGGGUGCCGCAUAAACCACCAUCAGGGCAUGGCAUCGGGGGUCUUUCACGCUUCAAGGGUGGAUCGACGGCGUCCAUCGCGCUCAUCUCGACGCCCACCCCGGCGCCCUUCUGGCAUCCCAAUGCGCAAUCGACCUUGAUAGUUGCGCAUGUCGGUGACACACGCAUCCUCCUCUGCCAAACAACCACCGGUCUUGCGCAGCCUCUUACAUCGGACCACCAUCCAACCACGCCCACCGAAAGCCGCCGCCUUCGGCGAUACGCGCCGGCUGGAUCCAUGGUUUCGGCGGACAGCUUCGGCGAAGACCGCAUCGCGGGACUCGCUAACAGUCGGGCGUUCGGCGACAUGCGGAGCAAGCGCAUCGGCGUGUCGGCCGAGCCGGAAAUCACCCGCGUCGAGAUCGGCCCGGCCGAGUACUCGUUCCUGGUUCUCAUGAGCGACGGCAUCUCGGGCACGCUCAGCGACCAGGAGAUUGUCGACGUGAUCAAGGAGGCCAGGACGCCCGAGGAGGGUGCCAAGGACGUGGUCAACUAUGCCACCGAGGUCUCCUACGACGGCGACAACGCUACGUGUCUGGUCGUCAGGCUGGGUGGCUGGGAGCGCCGGUCCGAGGGCGGCGUCGGUAGUCUCGGGACCAGGGAGAUUCGCGACAAGAGGAGGGCCGAGGCGUUGGAUCCCCGGCGAGGUAAGCAGUAA